CACUUUAUCAUCUUCAAUCCCAUGGCUGCAGCUUCUCUUCUAUCUCUCUCUCUUCCCAAACCAACCAUACUCGUUCCAAAAUCAACUGCUUCCACCAUAACUCCUUCUGUGACAGUUACAGAGACGCUUGAUCAGAAAUUUGGCCGGAAAGGGAUCAGAUUCUUCGAGUAUGACGACGGUGCUCAGAUGGCAGAACUUACUGUGAGAAAUGGCAGUUCGUUGAAGCUUCAAUUGAACAAUGCUCAUGUGACUUCUUACAAACCUAAAGUGUAUUGGAAAGAUGACGGAUUUGAAGAGGUUUUGUAUACGACUUCGUCUGCAAAAGGUGGAAUUGGUUUGGUGCUUAAUAAUGCUUCUGAUGAUUCGAAAUCUAAAGGUGUGGAUUUAUCGAAAUGGAUCGUCAAGGAUGUUGAUUCGGACUCCAUUGAUGCUCUUCAGGUAGAGCUGAGUUGCACCACGAGUGGACCUCUCGACAUAACCUAUGUGAUCUCCCUCUAUGCUCUAAGCAUGGCAACAGCGGUUAUAGUGAAGAACAAUGGCCGAAAACCCGUUGAUCUGAAAACCGCUAUUCUUACCCAUUUUAAGUCCAAGAAAAGAGGAGGAACCGCCAUUGAUGGCCUCAGAGGUUGCUCCUAUUGCACCCACCCUCCUUUAUCUUCUUCGUUCGAGAUCCUAUCGCCACCUGAAGCAAUGAAACCCGAGGAUCCCGGCUGGUUUUCGUUCGGCUGGGAACCCGAGAAGAAAGUAGGGGUUUGGAGUGUGCAAGAUGUUCCAAUCACCGUCUUGAAACAUAAACUUAGCAGAGUUUAUAGUGCUCCUCUUGAGGAGAGAUCUAAGGAGUUCUAUAACACACCUCCAUCAAAGUAUGAGACCAUUGAUCAGGGAAGGGAAUUGUUCUUUAGGGUGGUAAGAAUUGGUUUCGAAGACAUUUACUUGUCGAGUCCUGGAUCAUUGUCUGAGAAACACGGAAAAGACUAUUUUAUCUGUACUGGUCCUGCUUCGAUGUUGGCUCCAAUCACUAUCGAACCGGGUGAAGAGUGGAGAGGGGCACAAGUUAUCGAGCAUGAUAAUUUGUAAUUUAUAUAUAAUCAUAUUUAUUUUAUAAAAUUUAAAUUCUGUCACAGAUUUUCUUAACACUUCCGAUUAUGUACAUCUACCAGGUGCAAGUGUAUUUUAAGAGCAGAAUAUGAAAUAAAUUACAUGUUUUGAAUUGUUUUGGG